AUUAUCAGAUUACUUGUAAGAUUUUUUUUUUUUUUUAUUGGAAUAGUUAUAUUUUUUGUUAGUUUAUUUUUUUUAAUAAAUAAAUAUAUUUAUAUAUUAGAAUGAAAUAUUAUUUCUUUGAAUUCAGUUGAUAUUUAUAUAUUAUUUAUAUUUGAUUGAAUAUCAUUAUUAUUUAUAAGUUUUGUUCUUUUUAUUUCUUCAAUGGUUUUAAUUUAUAGUUUUGAUUAUAUAAAAGAGGAUUUAAGAUUUAAUCGAUUUAUUAUAUUAAUUUUAUUAUUUGUUUUUUCUAUAUUAUUAAUAAUUAUAAGUCCUAAUCUAAUUAGGAUUUUAUUAGGUUGAGAUGGGUUAGGAUUAAUUUCUUAUUGUUUAGUAGCUUAUUAUCAGAAUAUUAAGUCUUAUAAUGCAGCUAUAUUGACUGUUUUAAUAAAUCGAUUUGGGGAUACAGGGUUAAUGAUGUCAUUAAGAAUUAUAUAUUAUAUGGGUUCAUGAAAUUUAAUGUUAUAUAAUUGAGUAGAUUUUUUAGUUAUUAUAUUAGUUUGUUUAGCAGCUUUUACUAAGAGAGCUCAAAUUCCGUUUUCUUCUUGAUUGCCUGCGGCAAUAGCUGCACCAACUCCUAUUUCUUCUUUAGUUCAUUCUUCUACUUUAGUUACUGCUGGAGUUUAUUUGGUUAUUCGAUUUAAUGAUUUAUUAAUAAUAAGGGGAUUGAAUGAGUUAAUUUUAAUUUUGUCUGUUUUGACUAUAUUUAUAGCGGGGGUGAGAGCUAAUUGAGAGUAUGAUUUAAAAAAAAUCAUUGCUCUUUCUACUUUAAGUCAAUUAGGUUUAAUGAUAGCUAUUUUAUCUUUGGGUGGUGUGAAAUUAGCUUAUUUACAUUUAUUAACACAUGCAAUAUUUAAGGCUUUAUUAUUUAUGUGUGCAGGUGUAAUUAUUCAUUCAAUAAAAAAUUUUCAAGAUAUUCGUUUUAUGGGGUCUAUAGUUUAUAUUAUGCCUUAUACAAUAAUAUGUUUUAAUGUAGCUAAUUUAAGAUUAAUAGGUAUACCUUUUUUGGCUGGGUUUUAUUCUAAGGAUUUAAUUUUAGAACAAUUGAUAUUUAUAGGAGAAAGAUUAAUUAUUAUAUUUUUAUUUUAUAUUUCUAUUGGGUUAACAGUUUCCUACACUCUUCGUAUAUUUUUAUAUAGAUUGUUUAUAGAAAUAAAAAUAUCUAGUUGUUUUAGAUUAAAGGAUGAAAAUUUUUAUAUAAAUUUUAGAAUAAUUUUUAUAUUAAUUAUAUCUGUAAUUAGGGGGAAGUUUUUAUAUAGUUUGAUAUUUUUUAAUAUUAAUUUUAUUGUUUUACCUAAGAUAUUAAAAUUAAUAGUUUUAUUUUUUAGAUUUUUGGGUUUAAUAAUUGGUUUAUUUAUUUUUUAUUUAAAUUUUUAUUUUUGUAAUCAUUUAAUGAUUUUAAAAAAUUUUUUUAAUAAAAUAUGAUUUUUAUUUGAUUUAUUUUAUAAUAUGUUGGGAUUAAUUUUUAGAUUUUCGGGAAAGUUAUAUAUUUUAAAUGAAAAGAUAUGAGGUGAAUAUAUAUAUAUGAAUAUUUUAUUAAAAAUAAAGUAUUUUGUUAAGAAUGUUGAUUAUUUUUAUAUUAAUUCGUUUAAAUUAAUUAUAUUUAUUUAUUUUUAUGUUUUAUUUGUAAUUUUAUUAUUUUAUAUUUAG